AUGGAGCCUGUUUCAUUGCUUACCGCAAUUGACUGCACGGCGCACAUCCAUCUCAUCGUCGGCUCGAAUCCGCUCGCAGCAGCACGAUGCGCCAAAUCGUUGCAGGUAGGCGCAAAACCACUUCUGAUCGCACCUGAGACCGCAGAGCUUCAUUAUGCGUUGCAGAAGAGGAUAGAAGGUGGGGAAGUGGAAUGGUUGAAGAAGAGCUUCGAGGAAAGCGAUGCGCUGAGUUUGGGGAGGGAGGAGAUUGGUGGCGUGGUGGACGCUGUGUUUGUUACGUAUGGACCGAGAGAUCCGCUGAGUACAACAAUUUCGAAGUUCUGCAGACGAAAUCGAAUUCCCGUGAACGUCUCAGACGCCCCGUCAUUAUGCACUUUCAGUCUCCUUUCCACGCAUACCGAUGGACCACUUCAGAUAGGUGUAACCACAAAUGGACGAGGUUGCAAGCUAUCGUCGAGAAUCAGGAGAGAAAUUGCUUCCUCACUUCCAUCACAAUUGGGCGCGGCAUGUUCGAGAUUAGGUACGAUUAGGAGGAAGAUUCAGGAGGAGGAUCACCUGUCGCAUUCUGCUCUGGCGGGCGAAUUGGAUGAAGAGGACUCGAUUGAUCAAUCGGCCAAUUUCAACAAGCUUGUAACAGAAGCAGAUUUGGAAGCGGCGAAGAACAGGAGGAUGAGAUGGUUGUCACAGAUUUGUGAAUAUUGGCCGUUACGAAGGUUGGCGAACAUUACCGACGCAGACGCGGAGACUGUACUUAAGUCUUACGCUGUCCAGUCGUCUACAGCUGCAUCGCAUGAUCACACGCGAAACUCUCCGUCGGCCGUUCAGAAAAGGGGACGCAUAGUGCUCGCUGGAAGUGGACCAGGUCAUCCAGACCUCCUCACAAGAGCGACUCAUAAGGCAAUUUUGUCAGCCGACUUGAUUCUCGCAGACAAAUUAGUCCCGUCAGGGGUUCUUGACCUCAUUCCUCGACGAACACCUGUCCACAUUGCGCGAAAAUUCCCAGGCAACGCAGAGCAGGCACAAGAAGAACUUCUCUCGCUAGCUUUGGAAGGCGUCAAAAGUGGAAAGACCGUCCUUCGAUUGAAGCAAGGAGAUCCGUAUAUAUACGGCCGAGGUGGUGAAGAAUACGAGUUCUUCCGAAAGGAAGGCUACGAAAAGGAUAUUUGUGUCUUGCCAGGAAUCACAAGCGCCCUGAGUGCGCCUAUGUUUGCGACGAUACCGGCUACACAAAGAGGCGUGAGUGACCAGGUCCUGAUAUGUACGGGUACUGGACGGAAAGGGAAGCCAUCGACCCCGCCGGAGUACGUGCCGACGAGGACGGUCGUGUUUUUGAUGGCACUACACAGAAUCGAGGCUUUGGUGAAAGAUCUUACGACGUGGGAUUCUGCGGAUGCGAAAGUCUUCUUGCCUUCGGAAAAUGGGAAGGAAGUGCUCGAUAAAACGCGGAAAUUAUGGCCGUCUUCGACCCCUUGUGCUGUCAUUGAGCGGGCCAGUUGUCCGGAUCAGAGAGUUAUUCGAACGACGCUGGAAUUUGUCGCCAAUGCAAUUGAGAGCGAAGGAAGCAGGCCACCAGGAUUGCUUGUCGUAGGAAAGUCUUGCGAGGCGCUGAUGAAAGGCGACCCGGCGAGAAAAUGGAUUGUUGAGGAGGGAUUUAGUGGUUUGGAGUUUGAUGAGUUUCCUGGAGUAGAGGAGCUGGUUAUUGGUGAUCAACUGAAUGCGGGUAAGAUCGAAGCAUGA